AUGCAUUUAUUCAUUGAAAUUAUUUCUAGAGAUUCAUAUUGUGUAAAUUUCAGAAUUUCAGGGCUUGAAUAUACUAAUGAAACUAUUUGUCACACGUCAGAAAGAAACACAUUAACAGACACAAGACUUAGUUUUGAAGAUUCUAUUUCUGAAAAUACUUCUCAAUCAUUUAUUUCUUUGCAAUGUUCUUUUCGAUUUUUAGCUAAUAAAAUUCCAUUAGAUACUAUUGAAGUCAACAAAUAUAGUUAUCAAUCAUGGUUCUCAGGUAUUUCGCAGGAAGAUCUCAAGAGAUGUUUUCUUUUGACGCUAAGUCUUGUUCUAAGAGAUUAUGGAAUUUUCGAAAUUGUUGAAAAUCAACAAGAAUUUGUUAAUGAUGAUUUAAGAGUUCUUUCAACAAUUGGAGCAAAAUUUUCAGUUGAUGACCAAAUGAAAAUCCAGAAAAUCAUUGAUAUUAUUAAUCAUUCUAUUGCAGAAGGUUUUUCGAUUCGAGUUAAUAAGAUUAUUUGUUUGUUUUCUGAAACGAAUCAUUAUGAAAUUGAAGAUGAUGUUGAUAUUGAUAUUGAUCGUUUUGAUCUUGAAAAUAUUCUUUCGUCAUUUACUCGUAGAUAUUUAGCAGUUACAUGCGGUGUUGUAUUAGGAUAUAGCACAGAUAUUGCAUAUAUUGAUGAAUUGUUUGUUGCAAUUCCAGCAAAUUCACCUGAAUUCGAAGAUUCAUUUAAGAAUUUCCAAAAAUAUAUUGUUACUAUCCAAUCUAAUGAAUAUUUGUUGAUAUUUAAGAACUGCAAUUCUCAUUGGAAUUUCUUUUCAUAUAAUAGUUAUGCCGCACGUAGUUUGUGGCAAAGCGAGGCCACUUCGUGUCUUUAUUUCCAGAAUGAUAAUCAAGAAAGAAAUUCGAUCCAAUCUAACCAUUUCCAUUUGAAUAAUUUAGUUAUUCAAGCUUGCAACCAACCUAUUGGAUACCCUGCAUAUGUUUCUCCUGUUCUCACAUCAUAUGCACAUCCUCAUGAAAUCAAAGUUUUUUAUUAA